GGCUCUGAUCCGCUGUCAGUUGCCCGAGCCCUGUGCUACGGUUAGGACCGCACAUAAUCGUCACCUAUUGAACGACGACAUACCGGAGCUAGCCACGGGCCAUCGCGCCGUGUCGUCCUCAGCAACAAGCCCGUCUUUCAGUCUCCCUCGUUACGAGAUCGGCAACGGACGGAGCGAUCGACGGAGUAUCCGAGAGAGGCGAAAGGCCAGCCAUCACACGGACAGCAACGAUCGAGAGCGAAUGUGAUCAACCGUAAUCCGACCUUUAUUCGCGAGAGAGAUAGCUUAGCAUGUUACGUCGUUUAACCGUUGUCGUCUGAGCUGUCAAUAAAAAUUUUUCGAGCUAACGGUCCUUCGAAAAUUGUUAGUUACAGCGAGAAGGGCAGCGGGGCUCGAUUCAAGGGCAUUGUUGUUAGUGAUUCUGAUUUUCUUCUUUUGUGUCUCGUGGGCAAGUGAAUAUCGAUCGGGCUUCGCGAUCCUCGAAGAGUCCCCGCGGGUGGUGAACCCGGGGAGCUGCGAGCUGACGACACGUCCAGGAUGGUCUGGUAGAAGAGCGGACAAACUCCCUCGUAUUCGAGAAAUGGCGUACGGCAUAUCGGUCGACGCGACCGUCACGAGCACUGUGCUUCUCCUGCUGGUAAUAUUUCAGGCGACUCUGGUCUGGGAGGAGACACGCGGCGCUCCAGCGAAGAAGAACGAUGUACUCGCCGGUACAGAAUUCCUGUCGGUCUUUAUAAACGGCGCCAUGGCGCCGACGCCGCAACGACGCCGAGGUUUCCGGCGCGGUCAACACGCGGCUGCAUCGGCGGCUGACAGCGCGACCGCCGAGACGCAUCAGCACGAGGCGUCGAUCUAUCGAAUAUCUCGAAAUCCGAGCGGUGGUCGACCGAUCUCGGUGUCGAGGCCGCAAACGGGCGGACGCGACGAUGUCGUGCGCUUCUAUCCUAUAAGCCAGAGAACGUUGGAGCACCGGCAACAGAAUCUGGCGUCGUUGAUUGACGUUCUGAGCACGCCGGGUGGCAUAAGUUCAACGCGUCUGACACCGUCGAGUGCGUCGACGAUAUCGACGACGACGACGACGACGACGAUCGCAUCGCCUGUAUUCCACGAUCAAACGAUCACAAGAUCGAACGGAACCCAUGGAUCCGGCAUCAGCAAAAGCGUCAGCCGGCAGAAGGUGAUCGGCGUCAGCGUCACGUCCACGGUCGAGGCUACACCAUACAAGGUGCGGGUCGAGCAUUACGACAACGCCGCGGUAGUAACACGACCACCAAGUUUGGAAUCUCCAGUCAACAGAGAUACUAUUAAUCAAUCAACUAGAGAAUCUAUUAAAAGCACGACAAAGAGCACCAUCAACAGACCAUCGACGUCGCCAUCGUCUACAACAACGACGACGACGACGACGACGACGACGACGACAACGCUAUCGCCAGCCCAAUUUGUCACCGAAGAGCUCAGCAACAUCGUCUCGGAGUCCAACAGAAGCGAAUUCUCCGUCGACGAAGAUUCGCUGAGAACGAGCUGGCGCGGUCACGUGACUAUGACGCCAAGAAUUCAGCAAGUCUCCCCGUUCGCAGAGAAAAACAGAAACGGAGAAACCGACGAGACCACGCGCAUUAUCGAUAUCGACGCGAUCACCCUGCCGACAGAGGAGAAUUACGAGCUGCCUGUGGAGAACUCAGAGCAACGAGAGUUGAAUGAGGAACAGCCGGAGGGAUCGAUGGAUCGGCUUCAAGGACGCAAGAUGGGACGUCAUUACGAUGCGCCGCUCUACAAUCGAUCAGGCCCGAAACACUACAGUCAACCGUCCAAGACGUACAAACCUGUGCAUACUUACAACGAGCCUGCCAAGAUGUACAGCGAGUCGGCCAAGGUGUACGGCGAUCCUGAGCGAGUAUACGGAGAACCGGCUAAAGUAUACAGCGAGCCCGCCAAAGUCUAUAGUGAACCGGCCAAGGUUUAUAGCGAACCCGCUAAGAUCUAUAGCGAGCCCGCCAAGAUCUACGGCGAGCCGGAAAAGAUCUACUCCGAACCAUCCAAGAUCUACUCGGAGCCGGCUAAGGUUUAUUCCGAGCCGGCCAAAAUUUACUCGCAACCAGCCAAGAUAUAUAGUGAACCUAGCAAGGUGUAUGAUUCCGAGGGCCAACCAGUGGAUCGUCAACAGGAAGGCGGUGAACCCGACGAGCAAAACUACGAAAUCGACGAAUCGGUCAGCGUCAGCAGCAACGGCAAUGUCCACGGGCCGCAACUGGUCGUAACGAAGGAAACCCCGGGUGCGUCCGAGGACGGGCACAAGGUCGGCUACGUAGUCGAGGGCAGGAACUACAGAAAGUACAGGGUCGAGGAGAGGACACCAGACGGCUUCAUCGUGGGCGAGUACGGCGUCGUCAGUCACGACGACGGUUCACUGCGCGGUGUCAGGUACACCGCCGAUGGAACCAUCAAUCCGCAGCUCAUCUACGACGCUCUAAUGAAGUUUCUCGCUCUGUGAGCACAGCGAUAACGUAGGAAAAGAAAGAUGGAAGAGGACGAGGUGGCUUCGGCGACAUCGUCGACGAGACGAACACGACUGAUUCUUUUGCUCUUGCCAACUCAACUGCCUCAACAAUUAAUUUUAAGGACGAUAUUUUUUUAGGACCUAAGAAAGAGCCUGAUCGACCAAGGCAACUCGCCGCGCGCGUCAUCGAAAGCCGAGGACCAAAAGGUCGACCGAAACCGACGUACGAAAGUCGGAUCUCGAUGUUCAGAUUCAGAUUGCGAAAGGCUGACAGAUGAAAGUUAUACUUUGGGCAGCGAAAGUACGAACUUUUGUGCGCAAUGCUGCUCGAUGGCCUUUGACGAUUGUGGCAACCGAUCGAAGUGGUUAUCGAAUGUUUCUCUUGUGACUCGCAAAGAUUCUCGAAGCGAGAACGGAAUCAUUAAAAUGUUUCUAGUACGCGAGAACUUGCACUUGGGUGACGAUACGCAUCGACUUAGACGAUUUUCAAUUGUAAUAUCAACCAUGACAGAAUUAUUAAUUUGAUUUUAAUUAUUAAUUUUUUUGUACAUUUUAUAAUAAUUUGGCAUUUAAAAAAAAACAUGAUAAUAAAUGUUAAUUGAUGCAUGAUAAUAGUUGCUUAAUUAUUUUAAUUACAAGAUAAACGUGAAAAUUACGUGAGCGUGACAAAAGAAACAAAAUGCUUGAUAAAAUGUUAAGAAAAUAUUUAAUCUCGAUGCGAUAUCGGUACAACAAUAACUUGAAAUCGAUUUGAAGCUUUUAUUGAUAGAUUUUGCGUAUCGAUACAUAUUUUUGCAACUGAAUAUUUUACAGAUAAAGAGAACCAUCUUCGUCGAGGAUGCACUCGCGGCAAACCUGCGAUCCUUGAUCUCUGAUCUGUGAUCUCCGUUAAAAAAAAAAUCUCGAAUCAAAGUUGUCGCAAACCCAAAUAAAAUACUUUGGCUAAAAUAAUGGAAUAUUUUAAUACCUUAAUUUCGCGAAAAGAUUUGUAUUGAAACACAAAAAUAAUGCGCGAUGUCUUUCCGAUGAUCUCUUGUCAUGUUUUUUAAAUAAUAAAUCGAAAUGUCGUCAAAGAUCAUCAAUCGAUUGAUACGAUAUGAUAUCAAUUGAAAAUCAAUCUUUUCUUGUAUUGUAUAUUAGAAAGAUGCUAUGUGAGUGUGUGUAUACGUAUGUGGCAAGAGAUCUGUAUUGAUUAUAGAUUAAUUUAACUGCUGAAAGGGGAUUUACGAAUUACUCGCUAUUAUGCCAAAGUUAACGCUAAAACAUUCAGAUUUUUCUUAUUGUCUUUAAAAUUUAAGAAAUAUUAAAUUUAAUUCUUAUUUUUGUACACUACAUAAUUUAUUGUCGAAUCCUAUACAACAUAUAUGAUAUUCAGACUUAUGUAACUUAUGUUUCAAUGAUACCUAAACAUAUGCUACCGUGAUAUUGAAGUCGCCAGCAAACAACAAUGCGUCUGAAUGUUUUAACGUUAAUAGCUUCUGAAAUCAUAGAUUAAGAAUUCCCUUCGUAUGCUUUUAUUGCGGUCACGCUUCUGCGAUGAAGAAGUAAACGAAAAAGUUGCAGCUGCCAGGGUCCUCCUUAAAGAACGAUCCCACGAAUUAAAGAGCGGACCCCGCAGUUGCGAUGGAUGAACCGACUUGUCGCGGCAGCGUUUCUGUCUAUCUCCUAGCUUAUUGUAAGUUCCCUAGAUCUUAAGGUUGUCCCGCGUCAAAGGAAGUAUCUCAAUCAGCGAGAAAGUUCCAGUAUUUUUUUUUUUUUUGCGUAUAUAUAUAUAUAUAUAUAAUAUAUAUAUAGCGUCGAUUAUUUUAUUUAACGUUUGAAACUAUAGCUCCAUUUUCUCUCAUUACCUCAGUCCUUUGAGAUAGUUCCUCUCGCCAUGCAAUAUCAAGCGAGCAAACAUAUAUCCUAAGCGCGAGAUUUUCUUCGCAAAACUCCGCAAGAAACAUGUAUGGGUGUUUCGAAAUUUUUGUCGCUUCUGUUUUAAACAGUAGCUACGGAAACAUCCGAUUAUUUCUGGACACAUUAUAUACGGAUAUCCUUCGCAUAUUGCUCACACUCGUAGAUUAUAAGUAACAUCUCAAUUAUAUAUUCCAUUUUACUCUCCCGUAUGUACACUUCUAAAACAUUCCGUUAAAUAAAAGUAUAUGUAUCUAAGAACUCUAUAA